AAUAAAGCUGGCCGUCCCGCAGCAGCAUGGGUCACUCUCACAGCCUCUUCGCCGCGGAGCACGACUAAACGGUUGCUUUUAAGCCUCAUAGAGCCGAGAAGUUUCCUCCAGAAUAAGACUGGCGUCAUAUUACAAUGCGAACUAGCUGAAACUAGUUGCUCUUUUUUCGCGUUUAUUUGCUUGGUAACGCUGGCGUCAAUGCGGGAGCUGGGUUGUGCACAUCCGGGGCAGCAGCAGCAGCGGCAGCAGCAGCAUGCCGUGUGUUCUUCUUCGCUCACUUUCUAACGUUAAAGAGCAGCCUGAGGAGCAGGAGUCCGCUUUCUGAAAGCCACAGCUACAGCUCCAUCUCUCUAGACGGUUCAGAAGAUAAAGAGACGGACGGCAAGCUGGAAAAGAAAGGGGAAUGUCUAACCAAGGAGCCAGGAGAAACGGGCCAGUGAAACUGCGCCUGACAGUUCUCUGUGCGAAGAACUUGUCAAAGAAGGACUUCUUCAGACUGCCAGAUCCCUUCGCUAAAGUUGUGGUGGACGGGUCAGGCCAGUGCCACUCAACAGACACGGUCAGGAACACACUGGACCCAAAGUGGAACCAGCACUAUGACCUGUAUAUUGGUAAAUUGGACUCGAUCACCAUCAGUGUUUGGAACCAUAAGAAGAUCCAUAAGAAGCAGGGGGCAGGGUUUUUGGGCUGCGUCCGUCUGCUCUCGAAUGUCAUCAACCGCCUCAAAGACACUGGCUAUCAGAAACUGGACCUGAACAAACUAGGGCCCAAUGACAACGACACCAUCCGGGGCCAGAUAGUGGUGAGUCUGCAGUCCAGAGAUAGAAUCGGAUCAGGAGGCCCGUUGGUGGACUGCAGCCGUCUGUUCGACAACGAGUUACCGGACGGCUGGGAGGAGAGGAGAACUGCUACAGGCCGGAUUCAGUAUCUCAAUCACAUCACACGGACUACACAGUGGGAGAGACCAACCAGGCCAGCCUCUGAGUACUCCAGUCCCGUCCGGCCUCUCAGCUGUGUGUUAGAUGAGAACACACCCGUCCUGACCCCUAAUGUAGCCACCAGCAUCCAGCCCAGUGACCCUCGAGUGCAGGAGAGACGUGUUCGCUCACAGAGACAUAGAAACUACAUGAGCAGAACACACCUACACACACCUCCAGACCUGCCCGAGGGAUACGAACAAAGAACCACGCAGCAGGGCCAGGUUUAUUUCCUCCAUACACAGACUGGUGUCAGCACGUGGCAUGACCCACGAGUGCCCAGGGAUCUCAGUAAUGUUAACUGUGAGGAGCUUGGGCCCCUCCCUCCCGGAUGGGAGAUCCGUAACACAGCAACGGGCCGGAUCUAUUUUGUGGAUCACAACAACCGAACCACACAGUUCACUGACCCACGUCUCUCUGCCAACCUGCACCUAGUGCUUAACCCCAGUCCAAAUGGAUCUCGUGCUAGUGUGGAAGGCUCAAAUCUAAGACACAGGAAUGUGAGAGUUUGUGCUGUGCUGGCUCGUUCUCCAGGCUCACUCUCCAGGUCUCUUAUCACAGGAAGUCGUCACCCCCAGAUAAAGGACCAGUCUGCUUUGUGUAACGUCCCAGAGGAGGCUGAGUGUCUGACCGUGCCGAAAUAUAAGCGGGAUCUGGUGCACAAGCUGAAGGUUCUGAGGCAGGAGCUGUCCCAGGCGCAGCCACAGGCCGGCCACUGCCGCAUCGAGGUCUGUAGAGAGGAGAUCUUUGAGGAGUCGUAUCGGCAGGUGAUGAAGAUGAGGCAGAAGGACCUGUGGAAAAGACUGAUGGUGAAGUUUAGAGGAGAGGAGGGGCUGGACUAUGGGGGUGUGGCCAGAGAAUGGCUGUAUUUGUUAUCCCAUGAGAUGCUGAACCCGUAUUACGGCCUGUUCCAGUACUCACGCGACGAUAUCUACACCCUCCAGAUCAACCCUGAUUCUGCCGUCAACCCGGAGCACCUGUCGUAUUUCCACUUUGUGGGCCGGAUCAUGGGCAUGGCUGUGUUCCACGGUCAUUACAUAGACGGGGGUUUCACUCUGCCGUUCUAUAAGCAGCUGCUGGGCAAACCCAUCACCCUGGACGACAUGGAGUCUGUGGACCCGGAUCUUCACAACAGCCUCGUCUGGAUACUGGAAAAUGACAUCACAGGGGUGCUCGACCACACAUUCUGCGUUGAGCACAGUGCUUACGGUCAGAUCAUUCAGCAUGAGCUCAAACCCAAUGGCAAGAGCGUCCCCGUCACCGAGGAGACCAAGAAGGAGUACGUCAGGCUGUAUGUAAACUGGCGUUUCCUGCAUGGGAUCGAGGCUCAGUUCCUGGCUCUGCAGAAAGGCUUCAACGAGGUCAUUCCACAGCACCUGCUCAAAGCCUUCGACGAGAAGGAACUAGAGCUGAUCGUCUGUGGUCUGGGGAAGAUUGAUAUUCAUGACUGGAGGGCGAACACGCGGCUGAAGCACUGCACAGCCGACAGUAAUGUGGUGAAGUGGUUCUGGAAGGCGGUGGAGUUGUUUGAUGAGGAGAGGAGAGCGAGGCUGCUGCAGUUCGUCACCGGCUCCUCCAGAGUUCCUCUGCAGGGCUUCAAAGCCUUACAGGGUGCAGCAGGACCCAGACAGUUCACCAUCCAUCAGAUCGAUGCCAGCACCAACAACCUGCCUAAAGCACACACGUGUUUCAAUCGCAUAGACAUUCCUCCCUACGAGAGCUACGAGAAACUGUACGACAAGCUGCUGACGGCCAUUGAGGAAACCUGCGGCUUUGCUGUGGAAUGACCGGCUGCAUCUAGAGGAGAGGGAGUGACCUUGCAGACAUACACAGACUGGAUUCUGAGUCGUCCAGUGGCAGCAUGAUGUCACUGCAGAGGCUUGAGUUUGCAAAUACAGCAAGAAGAAAAAGUAUAAAACCACCAUUCAGAAAGACUCUAUUUUUGCUUUCGUUUAUUUUUUUGUUUUUUUUUCUGCCCGUACAUUUUUUUUGUCGUCUCUCAGCUGCUAUAAAACGAUUUCAGAUAAGUCCUCUUAAAUGUUGAAGUUUUCCUCAUUACUGAGAUUCAGUCAAAGAUUCCAGAUGCGCUCACUGUGAGUCCCCAUAUGUGGGCAUCCAUCUACAGUCUGUUGCAAAAGUUUGAACACCCCAAGUCACAGUACUCGUUUUAUAGACUGAAAACAAGUUAACUCAUCCUCUGCUGGAGGACACUUAAAUGUGGCAUUUUUCUGCACAUUUUAGUGCCUUUCUGGUUAACAUAUUGGAAAAAAAUGAAACAUAAAAUAUAAAAUGUGCCAUAACUUUUGCACAGGCCACGUUUUAUGUUA